AUGCCAAUUGUACCUGCAUUCACACUUGGUUUCAUCCGAUGCAAGGAAAACAACAAGAUCCUCUUGCUCAAUCGUAACAAAGCACCAUGGAUGGGCAAAUGGAAUGGUGUUGGUGGCAAAAUCCACCCGAACGAGUCGCCAUUGGACUGCAUGAUUAGAGAAGCACAAGAAGAGACUGGGUUGAUGUUGCCCCAAUUUGAGCCGCGUGGGGUCUUGACUUGGGAAAUAUACUCCAAGGAACAAGAAGAAGAAGGAGACGGAAGAGGAGGAGGAGGAGGAGAAGAAGAAGAGUCUGACAAGAGUGGGAAAGGUUUGGGCGGCUUAGGUUUGGGAUUCGGAAAGUCGCAUAAGAAUGGUACUGUUGUGGACCGAGCUUUGAAACAUGCAAAUUUGGCAAGUAGUGGAGGCUUGUACCUCUUCACUGUUGAUAUUACAUUGGAGCAAUAUGAAAACUAUCGUACACCCAUGGUUUAUGAUGACGAGGGGAUCUUGUGCUGGAAGGAUUUUGAGUGGGCUACGUUUGAGUUCAACUUGGGGGUCGUUGAUAAUAUACGUGCUAAUUUGCCACGGAUUUUUGCGUCCAAGGAGGAUGAUUUGUUUCAAAUAAAGUAUGAAAAUCUAGAUUUAAUUGAGAAUAAAUAUGUACCUGGUGGUGCUGCUGCUUUGUAA